UUAUCAUUCAUGGCAUCUCGAUUCCCUUACCAGAACUCCAUACAGUCAUCGUUUCAGCAACUGAAAAAUCUACCAUCGACAUCGAAGAGUUAGUACCGAAGGAGUUUCAUCAUCGUCUCCAUAUGUUCAAAGAAUAUGACGCUUCAAUCCUUCCACCACAUCGACCAUCCCAUGAUAUUGAAAUAGU